UGGGGUUGCUGUGUGCAAGAAGAAGGAAAAGCUCCAGGGCUGACAGUACGUGAUCCCCUGGAACAAAUGCGUGACGCUCAGCCCCCCACGCCUCCAGUUACAUCUCUGGCAGGGGAAAACAAUUCUCAGCUUCUCUUUCCAGGGUUAUUUUGGGCUGGGGCAAAGCUCUGGCAAGCCCCUGGUGUCCUUGUUCAAAAGGAGGAGCCAGUUCGCCGCCCAGCGCGCAGUGGAGGGAGGAGCCCCGGGGUCUCCUCUGCUCCCGGCUAAGUUUCCCGAGCAGUGUUUGAGGCGAGAGUCCGCCGAGCUCGGGCCGGGGCAGGGCGAGCCCAAGGCGGCGGGGGCGGCGCUCGCUGCCGAGGAGCUGAGGCGAGGCGAGCCCCGCUCCGGAGGCAGGCGGCCGCGGGGCUGGAUUAACUCUCGGCGGCCGGUUCCGUGCGGACGCGAGGGGACUGGGAGCCGCUGGGGGGGCGGCCGCGGCAGCGAUGGAGGGGAGCCCCAUCCCGGUGCUCACGGUGCAGACCGCCCCCUACCAGGACCAGAAGCCGACGGGCGGCGGGGGGCUGCGGCGGCCCACGGGGCUCUUCGAGAGCCAGCGCAACUACCUGCCCAACUUCGUGCAGAGCCUGCUCUCCUCCAUCGACCUGCGCGACCGCCAGGGCUGCACCAUGGUGGUGGGGAGCGACGGCAGGUACUUCAGCCGGACCGCCACCGAGAUCGUCGUGCAGAUGGCCGCGGCCAACGGGAUUGGAAGACUGGUUAUUGGCCAGAAUGGCAUCUUAUCCACACCUGCUGUUUCAUGUAUUAUCCGAAAGAUCAAAGCAGCUGGCGGAAUUAUUCUAACAGCUAGUCACAGUCCUGGAGGACCUGGAGGAGAAUUUGGAGUCAAGUUUAAUGUUUCCAAUGGAGGACCUGCCCCAGAUGCUGUUUCAGACAAAAUCUAUCAGAUCAGCAAAACCCUUGAGGAAUAUGCCAUUUGUCCCGAUCUCAGAGUUGACUUAUCUCGUCUGGGAAGACAAGAAUUUGAUCUGGAGAACAAAUUCAAACCUUUCCGAGUUGAAAUAGUGGAUUCAGUGGAUAUCUACCUCAAUCUUCUUCGAACUAUCUUUGACUUUAACAUGAUCAGAAGCUUGCUGACUGGACCCAAUCAGCUUAAGAUAAGAAUCGAUGCCAUGAAUGGAGUUAUGGGACCCUAUGUAAGGAGAGUCCUGUGUGAUGAAUUAGGAGCUCCUGCAAAUUCUGCAAUAAACUGUAUUCCUCUGGAAGAUUUUGGUGGGCAACUUCCUGACCCAAACUUAACAUACGCAACUACCCUGCUGGAGGCUAUGAAAGGAGGAGAAUACGGAUUUGGAGCUGCUUUUGAUGCUGAUGGAGACCGCUAUAUGAUCCUAGGUCAAAAUGGUUUCUUUGUGAACCCUUCUGAUUCACUGGCAGUUAUUGCUGCCAAUCUUUCUUGCAUUCCAUAUUUCCGUCAGAUGGGUGUUCGAGGGUUCGGUAGAAGCAUGCCUACCAGCACAGCACUGGACAGGGUGGCAAAGUCACUGAAAGUCCCUGUGUAUGAAACACCAACAGGCUGGAGGUUUUUCUCAAAUCUGAUGGAUUCUGGACGAUGCUCACUUUGUGGAGAAGAAAGCUUUGGCACCGGGUCUGACCACAUCCGAGAGAAGGAUGGGCUCUGGGCUGUGCUAGUCUGGCUUUCAAUCAUAGCAGCUCGAAAGCAGAGUGUGGAAGAGAUUGUCAGAGAUCACUGGACAAAAUUUGGCCGCCACUACUAUUGCAGAUUUGAUUAUGAAGCAUUGGAACCCAGAACAGCGUAUUUCAUAAUGAGAGACCUGGAGGCUUUGAUCAUUGACAAAUCAUUCAGUAAUCAGCAGUUUGCUGUUGGGAACAAUGUCUACCGUGUGGAAAAAACAGACAGCUUUGAAUAUGUGGAUCCUGUAGAUGGCACUGUGACCAAAAGACAGGGACUGCGAAUUAUUUUCUCAGAUGCUUCGAGGCUCAUCUUCAGACUUAGUGCUUCUAGCAGCGUGCGAGCUACCCUCAGGAUCUAUGCAGAAAGCUAUGAAAAGGAUCCCAGCAAACAUGACAAGGAGACACAGGCUGUGCUGAGUCCUCUCAUAGCCAUUGCAUUGAAAAUAUCUCAGAUCCAUGAGAGGACAGGGCGGAAGGGACCCACUGUCAUCACCUGAAUCUACAAAGGAUCAUUAACCCAGGGCCAAAAGAGAGAGGGCAAGGAAGAGAGAUGACCUGGCUAAAACAUGUUAGCUGUUUGUGCCUUCUAAGGCUUUAAAAGUUUUUUGGGGGUGGGAAGAAAAAUUCAGUAUAAUGUUGACCAUAUUCAGUUGCAUUAAUCGCCAAAGACAAUAGUGUACUGACUUCUGUGUUAUAGCGACAAUAUCUUUUUGUCCCAAAAAAAAAAAAAAAAAAACCAAAGAAAAAGCCCUCAACCCUUGAACGUUGCAAAAUGCCAGUGUGACAGAAAGGGCUGACCUUUGUAUUUUCUUUACCCUUCGAGUGUUAUGAUAAAGUAAGAAGAAUUUUGGACUUGGGAAGAAGGCGGAAAUGGACUACAAUGCAACCAUGUGUUUUGGUGAAUACAGUUUGUGGUUCUUGUCAGCUUCUUGUUGGUUUAGAAAGAAAUCAUCAGCCUGUCUGAGGUACAGGGGCAGUAUAUUAGUUUUUGCAAAGGGUGCAUUUGCAUACUCCAUUUGUUCCUUUCCCAUCUACACCCUUAGCCAGCACGCACGUCCACAGCAGCAGUAGAACUGUGCACACAUACUUGCACACACUCCCAAUGAAAGAUGCCAGUGCUUCCUUUUUUUCGGUUUAGAAGUGUAGCAGUGUGACUCAUGUCUCUCUCUAGGUUUCCCUGAACUUGACUCUUCCUUUUUUUUAAAGGAGGGUUAUUAUUUUUAUUGAAGCCAAAAUAUGAUCAAUGUUUUAGUCACGGGGGCAUCAGUUGUCUUUUGCAAUAUCCCUCCUGUUCAUAAGCAUGUCCUGCUGGUGCUUAGUGGGCUUGGAGGGCAACUGUUGCAAAUUCAGCAUAAAUGUGUUAUCAUAGAAAGAUUUUAAAAUCUCUCUCUUAGAUACAUGCCUAUGUUCCACUUGUCAGGAAUGGAUGUAAUACAGAAGAGGGAAUGAAUUAAAUGAAAUACUUGACUGAUUCACUAGUUGGGCUCAGAGUCUAUUAGAUUCUUUAAAGUAGAGAUCAUAGGAUAAAGAGCCGGAGAGUAGAAAGGACUUGACAUGAAUCAGAGAAGCAUAUGUACACUUGUGGGUUUUUUUGCUUGUGAAAUGCUGCUGCAGCUCUAGCUAUCGUUCAUUGCUUUGUACUGAACAAGAACACAAACACUUUGUGCAUGUGACUUGUUUGAAUGUUUUGCUUCCUUGGGAACAGCGUGUGGUCACUUGUCAUAUCAUUUGUCGAGUUGGCUUUGUGCAAUUUGACACUUUGCAGCAUGUACUAUUCAUAUUGCAACUCAUCAAGAUUUCAAUGCAAUUUAGAUAAUAUUGCAGUGAAGGAAAUUGCUUUGGUUUCUUUUGACACUUCUGUCAAAAAUUGCUAUGACAUUUAGUAUCUAAUAAAGUGGAUUGCUAUAUUUCUGUCUUAAUACCUAAUUGUUGACAAAACACACUGGGCUUUCAUCCAUUCUAAUAAAACCGCCUUUAAUAGAAUUACAUUAUCUACUUAAUUGAUUCUAAAUAAAUAAGACACUGAUGUU